AUGGAUGAUCCCCACGAUCUAUCGGUAUCCCUACCCAACCCCGAACCGGAGGAAAUUUACGGCCAAGCAUUACUCAACGCUUAUGCGAAAAGUGUGAUGGAUAUGUGCUCUAUUUAUGGUGGAAGCAUCUAUAGCACUCGGCCAGAGAACAUAUAUGGUAACAUUCUCCGACCGGAGAACAUAUACGGUAACCCAUCCAUGGGUAACAUUGCCCAACCGGAAAAUAUAUAUGGGUGUAACAGUCUACGACCGGACCGAUCUGUGGGUAACAUUCUCCCACCGGAAAACAUAUAUGGCAACCCAUCCAUGGGUAACAUUGCCCAACCGGAGAAUGUAUACGGGGGUAACAAUUUCCCACCGGAGAAUAUAUAUGGUAACCCAUCGGUGGGUAAUAUGAUCUCAUCGGAAAACAUAUAUGGUAGCCGGUCCGUGGGUAAUGUUCUCCGACCGGAGAACAUAUACGGUGUGAUGCAAGAGGAAAUCUAUGGACCAGCUGUAAAUACCCUAAGUGUACAUAACAAUCCCGGUGGUGUGACCUCCGAGAAUCUGUAUGGCAUACAUUAUUGA